AUGAGGGGCGGAGUCGCCCAGCACCGUAUCGAUCACUCCUCGGGCUCACUCAGCGAGCUCGCAUUUCUCGUGACGAUGCUCGUCCUCCUCCCACUGCUCAUCAGCAAUGUUUUCGCCUUUGAUUUUGGCGAAUCGGCGGGCGACAUGGCGCUGCUGCCCUCGGGCGACUUCAUCGACUUGAUUUCGCGAGAUGCCGAGAAUGUGCCGAGCCCGGCAGCGUUUGGCAGCAAAUUCAUCACCGGUGGUGCCGGUGAAGGAGAACAAAAACUCCGCGAAGAGGAAAAUUUCCAACAGAGACAAGAGGUGAAAUCCGACAAUGUUCUGCCAGCAUACUGUGAGCCACCAAAUCCAUGCCCAGUGGGAUAUACAGCCGCCGAUGGGUGCUUGGAGGAAUUCGAAAACAGGUACUCACUAAAAAUGCUUACUAAGCAAUGA